AUGCAUGAGCCAUUGCUUUUCAAAAACAGGACUAAUGCCACCUCUCAGACUGCCAUUGUUGGUGCAAAUCUCUGCCCCAUUCAGAGCCUUGAUUAUGAGGUGAUAGAGAAUGAUCUUUUUAAACAGGACUGGAGGUCUAGAACAGAAGUUGAAAAUUUCCAGUAUCUUGUUCUCAAGUGGUUAUUAGCUUUCCUAAUUGGGUUGGGCACAGGGCUUGUUGGCUGUUUCAAUAAUCUUGCUGUUGAGAACUUAGCUGGCUUUAAACUUCUGCUCACCAAUAAUCUCAUGCUUAAAGAUAAAUAUUAUCAGGCAUUUGCAGCAUAUACUGGUUGCAACAUAGUUUUGGCUGCUGUUGCCGCUGCCCUCUGUGCCUAUAUCGCUCCUGCAGCUGCAGGCUCUGGCAUACCUGAGGUAAAAGCAUACCUUAAUGGUAUAGAUGCUCCAUCCAUUUUGGCUCCAAGUACACUCUUUGUAAAGAUUUUUGGUUCCAUAUUAGGAGUUGCUGCUGGAUUUGUUGUUGGCAAGGAAGGACCUAUGGUACACACUGGUGCUUGCAUAGCCUAUUUACUUGGGCAAGGGGGUUCUCGCAAGUACCGCUUGACAUGGAAAUGGCUCAGGUACUUCAAAAAUGACCGAGAUCAGCGGGAUUUGAUCACCUGCGGUGCUGCUGCUGGUGUAGCAGCAGCUUUCCGUGCCCCAGUUGGGGGGUUACUCUUUGCACUAGAAGAAGCAGCUUCAUGGUGGCGGAGUGCUUUGCUUUGGCGGACAUUUUUUACAACAGCAGUUGUAGCAGUGGUGUUGAGAGGUUUUAUAGAAUUUUGCCAUAGUGGAAAAUGUGGUCUAUUUGGUCAAGGAGGAUUGAUCAUGUAUGAUGUGAAUUCCGCAUAUCCCACUUACAGUGUCCCAGAUCUGCUUGCAAUUAUAUUCCUUGGGAUCAUAGGAGGAGUUCUUGGAAGCCUGUAUAAUUAUUUUGUGGACAAGGUCCUUCAUACUUACAGCAUUAUCAACAAGAAAGGUCCACCAUUUAAAAUUCUGCUUGUCAUUACAGUUUCACUUUUAACCUCUUGUUGUUCAUACGGUCUGCCAUGGCUUUCGAGAUGCAUUCCUUUCAGUGCUCACCUGCCAGUACCAGACCAGUGCUCAACUCUAGGUCAUCGCUCGGGAAACUAUAAGAAUUUCCAAUGUUUACCAACCCAUUACAAUGACCUUGCAUCCCUCUUUCUCAACACCAAUGAUGAUGCUAUUCGAAACCUACUAAGGUCUGGAACUGAAAAGGAAUUGCAUCUGUCUACCCUUUUCCUUUUCUUUGUUGCAAUUUACUGCCUUGGCAUAAUCACUUACGGCAUUGCUGUUCCUUCUGGCCUCUUCAUCCCUGUAAUACUUGCAGGAGCCUCUUACGGCCGACUUACUGGAACCCUACUUGCUCCUGUUCUAAAUCUUGAUGUGGGUCUCUUUGCCCUCCUUGGAGCUGCUUCCUUCCUUGGUGGCACCAUGAGAAUGACCGUUUCCCUUUGUGUCAUACUUCUUGAACUUACUAAUAGCCUAUUGAUGUUGCCAUGGCUAAUGUUAGUUCUCCUCAUAUCAAAAACUGUUGCUGAUUGUUUCAACAAGGGUGUUUAUGACCAGAUUGUGAAGAUGAAAGGGUUACCUUAUUUGGAGGCCCAUGCAGAACCAUACAUGAGGAGCCUGGUUGCUGCUGAUGUUGUCUCUGGUCAGCUAGUGACAUUUUCUGGCAUUGAAAAAGUGGGGAAUAUAGUUCAUACACUCAAAAUGACAAGGCAUAACGGCUUCCCUGUGAUUGAUGAACCACCUUUCUCUGCUGCUCCAGAGUUGUUUGGGCUUGCUUUGAGGUCUCAUCUGCUUGUGUUACUCAAACAGAAGAAGUUUACGAUUCACAGAACGAUGACAGGACCAGAAAUUAUGAGGAUGUUUGAUGCCAAUGAUUUUGCAAAGGCAGGAUCAGGAAAGGGUAUCAAACUGGAAGAGCUGAACAUCACAAAUGAGGAGAUGGAAAUGUAUGUUGAUCUCCAUCCUAUCACUAAUACGUCCCCAUACACAGUCAUUGAAACAUUGUCACUAACUAAAGCUGCUGUUCUCUUUCGGGAACUUGGCCUCAGGCACUUGUGUGUGGUACCAAAGAAAUUAGGGAGGCCUCCAAUUGUUGGGAUCCUAACAAGACAUGAUUUCAUGCUUGAGCACAUACAGAAACUUCAUUCUCAUGUUGAAACCCAUAACUAGAAAAAACUAUU